UGGCAAUCGUUUGGAACUAUUCCGACAUUUUUAUCAUAACGGUUGCGAUUGCACUAUCCACCAGAUUCAAACAGUUGAACAACCGAAUAUACUCGUUAAAUGAAAUGAGCAUUGACUACAUUCUAUGGUCGGAGCUUCGGCAGCACUAUGUCUUGUUGUGUGAAUUAUUGGAAAUAAUUGACAACAAAUUGGCAUCUUUGAUAUUACUAUCAUGCGCCAAUAAUCUGUACUUCAUUUGCUAUCAACUUGUCAAUAUUUUUGAAGAACUGCCCGAUCUAUUGAACUACAUUUACUUCUGGUAUUCUCUGAUCCUACUGAUUGGACGGACUAUUGUAAUGUUUUUAUGCAUCAGCGAAAUUAAUGAUGCGUCUAAGAAACCACUAGAUAUGGUUCGACAAAUUCGGAGUCGCAUGUGGUGUACCGAGCUGGAACGAUUCUCAGACCAGUUGACAAAUGAAACUAUUGCAUUGUCAGGAAUGAAUUUCUUCUUCAUAACCAGGAAAUUAGUGCUAAGUAUGAUCGGCACGAUAAUUACGUACGAAUUAGUUUUGCUUCAAUUUGACUCACAAUUGGAUCCAGAUGCAGAUAAAAAGGAACUGAAAGAAUUUUGCAAUUUAAAAUAAGAUAAUGAAGGCGUAAUAUACAUUACGUGUAGUGCA